AUGCUGCCCCGAGGGCGCCCCCGGGCACUGGGGGCCGCGGCGCUGCUGCUGCUGCUGCUGCUGCUGCUCGGCUUCUUCCUGUUCGGCGGGGACCUGGAGGGUGAGCGCCGAGCUCGGGGAGGGCGAGCGGGGGCCGCGGGGGUGCAGCGAGGGCCGCGGGCCCCCCCAGAUGGGCGGCCGCGGGGCCCUGCUGCGCUCGACGGAGACCUGCGCUGGGACCACAACCGCUCGGCCUGCGUCCCGCUGCGGUCGCUGCUGCGCAAAUGCGAGCUUCUGCAUGUGGCCGUCGUGUGUGCAGGCUAUAACUCCAGCCGAGAUGUUGUCACCCUGAUGAAGUCCCUGCUAUUCUACAGGAAAAACCCGCUGCACCUCCACUUGGUGACGGACACAGUGGCCAGAAACAUCCUGGAGACACUCUUCAACACGUGGAUGGUGCCUGCCCUCCGGGUCAGCUUCUAUGAUGCCGACAGGUUCCAGCACCAGGUCUCCUGGAUCCCCAACACGCACUACUCUGGCAUCUAUGGGCUCCUGAAGCUAGUGCUGCCUGACAUCCUGCCCCCUGACCUGACCCGUGUCCUUGUCCUUGACACGGACGUCACCUUUGCCUCUGACAUCGCUGAGCUCUGGGCAUUCUUUGCUCAUUUUUCUGACAAGCAGGUGAUUGGCCUCGUGGAGAACCAGAGUGACUGGUACCUGGGCAACCUCUGGAAGAACCACAAGCCCUGGCCGGCCCUGGGCCGGGGUUUUAACACAGGCGUCAUCCUUCUGCGGCUGGACCGGCUGCGGCAGAUUGGCUGGAUGCAGACGUGGAAGGUGAUGACGAGGCGGCAGCUUCUCACCCUGUCCUCCACCUCUCUGGCUGACCAGGACAUCUUCAACUCCAUAAUCAAGGAGGACCCCGGGCUGGUGCUGCUCCUGCCCUGCAUCUGGAACGUGCAGCUGUCAGACCACACGCUGGCUGAGAACUGCUACUCUGAGGCAUCCGACCUCAAGGCAAUCCACUGGAACUCACCAAAGAAACUUCGGGUGAAGAACAAGCACGCGGAAUUCUUCCGCAACCUCCACCUGACCUUCCUGGAGUAUGACGGCAACCUGUUGCGGAGGGAACUUUUCGGGUGCCCCAGCCAGCUGCCACCGCGGGCUGAGCAGCUGCAGCGAACCCUGGCACAACUGGAUGAGGACGAUGCCUGCUUUGAGUUCCAGCAGCAGCGCCUCACCGUGCCCCGUGUGCACCUCACCUUCUUGCCCUUCGAACUGCCGUCACCCCAGCUCCAUGAUGUCACCCUGGUGGCCCAGCUCUCCAUGGACCGGCUGCAGAUGCUGGAAGCCCUGUGCAGCCACUGGCCAGGACCCAUGAGCUUGGCCUUGUACCUGACAGACGCAGAGGCCCAGCAGUUCCUGCGUUUCGUGGAGACCUCGGCGGUGCUCUCUGCCCGCCGCAAUGUGGCCUACCACGUGGUGUACCGUGAGGGUCCCCUCUACCCUGUUAACCAUCUUCGGAACGUGGCCUUGGCCCAGGCCCUCACGUCCCACGUCUUCCUCAGCGACAUUGACUUCCUGCCUUGCUACUCCCUCUAUCACGACCUCAGGGCUUCCAUCAGUCCGCUGGAGCUGGGCGGGCAGCACAAGGUGGCGCUGGUGGUGCCAGCGUUCGAGAGCCCACACUACCGCCUCAACUUCCCGGCUUCCAAGUCUGAACUGCUCGCCCUGCUGGAUGUAGGCUCGCUCUACACCUUCAGGUCCCACGUGUGGCCCCAGGGUCAUGCGCCCACAGACUAUGCCCGAUGGCGGGAGGCUAAGGUCCCAUACCGAGUGCAGUGGGCAGCGGACUACGAGCCUUACGUGGUGGUGCCGAGGAACUGUCCCCACUAUGACACCCGCUUUGUGGGCUUCGGCUGGAAUAAGGUGGCCCACAUUGUGGAGCUGGAUGCACAGGAGUAUGAGUUCCUGGUGCUGCCUGAGGCCUUCAUGAUCCACAUGCCCCACGCCCCAAGCCUUGACAUCUCCCGCUUCCGCUCCAGCUCUGCCUACAGAGACUGCCUGCAGGCCCUCAAGGAUGAAUUCCACCAGGACCUGUCCCGCAGCUAUGGGGCUGGCGCCCUCAAAUACCUCACUGCCCUACAGCGGCCCCAGGACUCUACGUGA